AUGGCGAGCAGCUCUCCUCAGCGCACUGCACUUGCUGCGCAGGGACGCCCUCCGGUCGAGCACCGAAAGAUGAUGCGCGGUGCGUCGAAAUCGAUCAUCAUCAUCGCAGGCAGUGGCAUGGCCGCAAACGACCCCAAGAUUGCCUACACCGUCUCCAAAGACCUCCUGACCCAGAAUUCUGGCAGUUUCCGCGACCUGUUCGCUUCGAAGCCGCUUUCGGAAGCCUUUCAAUUGCCACGGGUCAUGGCUCUCCCUUUCGAGUUCUACGUCCGCUUUCUUACAGACGCAAACCGAGAUCUGCUCACCAUGGCGAAGUCUCAUGCCGAUCGAGCAUGUCAGACAGAGGCUCUUCGUGCACAACGCCCCUCUUCCGACCAUGGCGACCUGGAACACGAGGUCUGUAUGCUCGAAGCCCUAUGCAAUAUCUGGUACUCCGCGCAUGGUUUCCGGGAUCCCAGAUUCUGUAAUGCAGCUAUCGACGCCAUCCUGCAUCUCCCGAACCUCGGACCCUGUGCCAUCAUCUGCACUACGAAGUGGUGUGCCCGCGCAAUGGGAGGAGACUCCAUAGUGGCACAGCACUUGGACGAAGAUACGCCACUGCUGAAGCUGAUGCUGGAUAGUGUCGCGGCUACUAUGACACCUAAUCUGAUGAGGUCCAACUUCCUGGACGGCACUUGGUCUCUCGACUUUGGCGCGAAACUUACCCUCCGAUUAAACACCUUCGUUCAUUUCGGCGUGGAGGUAAGAGUUCCGACACUGGGAGAGCGACAGCGAUACUACGCCCAAGCAUGA